AUGGCUACGAACGUGGUGGCACGUGACGAACGAGCGCAGCGACGCGCUGCAUCUGCGGAGCGAGCGGCUGCGGAGGCAGCGAGAAGAGCGAAGGAGACGACGGAGGUGACUGUGGACACCGGCGACAGCAGCACGCUGACACUGGAAUCCUCGGUGAUCACCAGCACGUCGGGCGACACGCCGCUGGGAUCGGCGAGUGACGGACGCGGUGGUGCUGGAAGUGGACACCCGGGUGGAGACGGACAAGCUGGAGGUGGCCGUGGUCGGACCGGACGAGACGAAGGAGCUGGCAGUGGUCGUGAGCCGGCCGGUGGCAAUGACGGCGAACGGUCCACCAGCGGCAGCAGUGGCGACGUGGCUAGAAGCAACUUGACUGGAGGCGACACGACGCCGACAGCGGGAGACGGAGGUCGAUGUGGCGGCGGACACGGCGAUGACGGACACGGGGGUGACGGUGGUCACGGUGAGCGGGUUGGUCAACGUGAGGCGGCCACCAGCUUCUCCGGCGACUAUGUCGACUUGACAGGAACAGGAGGUGGCGGCGGACACGGUGGCGCUGGUCCUGGACGCGCAUCGACCCCACCACCGACACUUGGAGCAGCGAGAAUGAGAGCGGUGGCGGCACCCAUCGUCGUCCGUGAGAAGGCGAAAGCACUGAAGCUGACGAAAUUCAAGGGGGUUGACGACACGAUGCCCGUGAGCAUGUGGCUCAAGACGGUGCGUCAGGAGGUGCGUCGGCAGGCGGUCACCAUGGGCGUCGAGUGGAACGAGAAUCAGCUGUACCAAGAAGUCGCGUCGCACUUGGAGGGCGAGGCGAAGCGCUGGUUCGCGACCGUGAUGGAGUCGGUGCAGCCGGACAGCAGCCGGGCACCUUACCAACUUGGACAAGUGAGGUCGUGGGACGAGAUCGAUGGUCGAUAUGUUUGGUCCGUCCACAUCUCAAAUGGGGAUUCCGUCAGCAUGGGUCUCCAGGAGCUAGCGGAGUGCGUAGCUGAAAACUUUCAGCUCGGUGUUGAUAUCAUGGGCGACGUGCAAAUUGCGUAG